GGCCCCGAGUGGAACGCCGUUUUGUUUGAACUCUCCACCACUUCGCAGCAAGAGUGGGCGAAGAGCAGAGGAGAGAAAAACAGAGGCUUUCCCCCCGCACACUAAAUGGAGGCUACAACAUGAAAUGCAUUCCAAGGUUGGAGAUGAUGAACUACCUUUAGCCACGGCUGUCACCAUGGAGACGGUGGUGAUAGUGGCCAUCGGGGUGCUGGCCACCAUCUUCCUAGCAUCCUUGGCCGCCCUGGUGGUGGUGUGCCGUCACCGCUACUGCCACCCACACCAUCUUCUGCACCACUUUGACUCCAAACCAACAGUCGACCUGAUUGGCGCCAUGGAGACCCAAAGCGAGCUGUCGGAGUUGGAGCUGGACGACGUGGUCAUCACCAACCCACACAUUGAGGCCAUCCUGGAAAAUGAAGACUGGAUCGAGGACGCUUCCGGAUUGGUCUCUCAUUGCAUCGCUAUCCUAAAGAUCUGCCACACGUUGACGGAGAAACUGGUCGCCCUGACGAUGGGCUCAGGGGCCAAAGUCAAAGCACCAGCCAGCCUAGGUGACAUCAUCACUGUGGCGAAGCGCAUUAGCCCCAGGGUGGAUGAUGUGGUACGAUCCAUGUACCCGCCUUUAGACCCCAUAUUGUUGGAUGCCAGAGCGACCGCCCUCCUCCUGUCCGUCAGCCAUUUGGUACUGGUCACACGCAAUGCCUGCCACAUGUCAGGCAGCCUGGACUGGAUCGACCAAUCGCUGCACGCGGCCGAGGACCACAUGGUGGUGCUGAGGGAGGCGGCCAUGGCCUCAGAGCCAGAACGCGGCGCCCUCAGCGGGGCCGAGGGCCAGAGAGAGCACGCCAUCUAGACUCUUGACAGAACUUACUAGUAACACUUUGAAUGCAGUACCAGCAAUGUCGAUCAAAGAAAAAAAAAUCAAUGCCUAUUGAUUGACUAUCGACUUUUUUUCCCUACUUUCACAACAAAGUCAUAAUCCUGAAUCCAUUGUAGUCGCAGUGGUCUUAAAUCCACUCUCUCAAAGAAGUUUAGUCAGAUAAUCUACCGUCAGAGUUGGGAAGAAAAACUGCAACUAUUUCUUCCCAUACUAAAGGUCAGGGGCCCAAAAUGGGUCGGCAAAGCUUAAUGCUUUUUUUAUUCAUGUUUGCUGUACUUUUAUUUUUCUUGCAUGUUUAUGUUCAAAAUGUAUCAGUGUUAUGGCAAUACUUGCCACAUUUUUGUUACAUUUGACCCUCAGGGAGGAACUACCUGUGGGUUGUAAGCUGCUUUAUGCGAAUGUGCUCAUUGGUCUCCGUGGUAACAGUUGGUAGCUUUUUUUCCUGGCCCCAAAAUGACUGCUUCCUAAAAGCAAAAACUAUUGGUUGUUUGUGACAAUCAAGGAUGACGUGUAACACAAAAUGUGCCAUUCAUAUCAUCUAUAUUGUUUAUUAGAUGACCUUUUCUAAGCACCCAAGCACCACAUACAGUAGAAGUUUGUCACGUAUAUAUAGAUAUAUAUAAAUAUCCUCUCUUAUAUUUUACCUGUGAUGUGGACAGAUAAAAUGAUUGCUUUACUGCAUUUCUUGUUGAAAAAGUACAUAAAUAAAGUUAAGAUACACUUCUCUUUUACCAUAUUUUGUCCAUUUGGCAAAAAUAUAUUUUGUUUUGCCGCGAGUCAGCUCCUUAGCAGCUCGAGUCUUCCUGCUUCAGCUCCAAUGUAGUCUGAAAGGCAAUCAUAGUGAUUAUAGUUUGCAUAUUUCAAAUAAACUUUUACUUGUU